CAAUCAGAGUCCUUGACUCUUUACAUGCGGUAUAUAAUAUCAACUAGAUGUAGCUUCAAUGAAUUAUUAAAGCUCCUCAGAUAGAUGAUCAGAACAUUUCCAGGACAGUGCAGUCUACACGCCUGAUUGCUUGAUUUAAUUUAUAUUUUCGAGUGGUUUUCUUGGCGGCAUCAUUAAUGGAUAAAGACGCAACUACUUUGAUUUUGAUCCUCGUAUCUGUCUCUUGGAUUGCAGGGCAAGGUGACACACUUGCAUGCCAGGAAGAUCCUACAGGAGUGAACUACAGAGGAAACUUAUCUCAGACAAUCAACGGUCAUACUUGUCAAGAAUGGACCUCUCAGGAUCCUCAACAACACGAUAGGAUACCAGCUAACUAUCCUAACGCGGGACUAGACGACAACUAUUGCAGAAACCCGGAUGGUGAGGACACUGCUUGGUGUUACACCACCGAUCCUGGGAUAAGAUGGGAGCUUUGUGCUGUAGGUUUCCUUGACCCUAGAUGCCAAGCAACGACCGAACCCACGACUAGCCCAACGACACCGACACCUGUACAGUCGGAAACUGUGACAUCUCAAACCACUGUUGGUCCCAUCCAGGAUGCUAGCCCUCUAGGCCUAGAAAGUGGGGCAAUCCCAGAUUCGAGCCUGACAGCUUCUAGUGAGUGGGACACCGAUCACAGUCCUUCUCGGGGACGGUUAAACAUCGCCAGAAUCGGACUCCUGCGCGGAGGAUGGUCUGCAAAAAUAAACGAUUUGAACCAGUGGAUUCAGGUUGAUCUUUUAGAAACGUACAACAUCGUUGGAGUGGCAACGCAAGGUCGUCAGGAUUUGGCCCAGUGGGUAACCAGCUUCAAGGUUGCCUGCAGUAUGAAUAAUGUUAUCUUUGAAACAGUGAAAGACCUCGAUGACGCCGACACCGACAUCAUCUUUCCCGGCAAUAGUGACCAAAACACCGUGGUUUACAAUCGCUUUCCCGUGCCAAUGACGUGCCGAUAUGUUCGCCUUUUACCUUCCACCUGGAAUCAACAUAUUUCUCUUCGCAUGGAGCUCUUUGGAGAAUUCCUAGGUGAGCUUCAGGUUUAA